CGAACCUCCUUACUAGUACUUCCGCACUGUAGGCAAACUGCAAUCUUUUUCAAGACGAUUCUAGAUUGAAAAGUAGAUUAAUGUAAAGUGAUUUUACCGAGACAGUUUUCGAGGCGUGAUUUUCCUAUUGACAAUAGACGAUAGGUGAAUGUUUUCUCUAGCGCUGAAAUGUAGUAAUGCUGUUGUCUUUACAUUCGGGACACUGGCCUGCAGGCAGCUGCAGGAAGCCACAAUGUCCAUGGCCCAGCAGCAGAACCAGGUGAUCCUCCAGUUCCGCUUCGGAACCUUCGGAGACUCUAUGCUGCAGAAGAUGAACCUCCUUCGCCGCCAGACCCGCUUCUGUGAUGUCACCGUGCGCAUCAAUGACCUGGAGGUCCCCGGUCACAAGGUGGUGUUGGCUGCCGGUUCUCCCUUCCUCCGGGACCAGUUCUUCCUUCAGGACUCGUCCACAAGGGAGGUCCAGAUCUCCAUGACCCAGGAGGCAGAGGUGGGUCAGCGGCUGCUGCUGUCCUGCUACACUGGCACCCUGGAGCUGCCUGAGCUGGAACUGGUCAACUACCUAACUGUGGCCAGCUUCCUCCAGAUGGGCCACGUGGUGGAGCAGUGCACCCAGGCUCUCAAGAAGUUCAUCCAGCCACGACACUGCCAAGUGAAACAACAGCCUCAGGAGGAGGAAGGAGAUGGAGAGACUCUCAGAGCCUCUCCCAUCCAGAAAAUACAGGAGCUGCCCCAUGCCCAGGUAAUAAAUCGUGAGGAGGAGGAUGAUGAAGAUGAUGAUGUGAUAAUUCAGCCGAUGACCUCAACCCAGAGGCGAGACAGGGGUGAGGGCGAGGAGAGCCCCAUCACCAUCGUAAAGGUGGAGGCCGUUUGUGAGCGGGUGUCGGAGAUGUCUGACCGUUCCUCUGCUUCCAUUGCAGGGUGCUUCCACACCAGCCCCCCAUCGUCAUUACACUCCCCUGAGCCCCAGCACUCCCUAAUCAACUCCACCGUGGACACCCGGGCUGGUGAGAUGACCAUACCACAUAUGCCAGGAUACCCGCUCAGCCCCCCCCCACUACCCACCUCAGCCACAGGGAGACCUAAUCUGGGGGGGCACCUACGAAACUCAGACAAAUCUCUUCAGUGGUACCACCAGUGCCCAAAGUGUGCCCGUGUGUUCCGCCAGCUAGAGAACUAUGCCAACCACCUCAAGAUGCACAAGCUGUUCAUGUGCCUGCUGUGUGGAAAGACGUUCACCCAGAAGGGUAACCUGCACCGGCACAUGCGGGUCCACGCUGGCAUCAAGCCCUUUCAAUGCAACAUAUGUGGCAAGACCUUCACUCAGAAAUGCUCUCUCCUGGACCACCAGAACUUACACAGUGGAGACAAGCCCCAUCGCUGUAACUACUGCGACAUGGUGUUCGCACACAAGCCAGUGCUCCGCAAACAUCUCAAACAAAUCCACGGCAAGAACAGCUUUGACAACGCCAAUGAGCGGAGUCUACUACAUGACGGGGUUCUUGAUUUUGAGUACGGGCGUCUGCAGGACUGUAGCAUGGACAAUAGCAUGGACAAUAAGCCUGUUGUUAUGGAUGACUCUCUUUAGUGCUGUAUCAAGUUUAAUUUCUGCUGAGUCAUAAAUUAAUAGCUGCGUAGUAGUGUUAGCUGAAUUGUAAACCGUAUCGUACGGUACUUGAAGGUACAACACUGAAUAUUAGAAUAAAAGUUACUGUAGACGUGUAUACAGUAUGUGUUCAUAUUUUAUAACAAUGUUAAUUUAGUGAAUGAGUUACCAUGAUAUUUAAAAAGCUGCCCUGAUUGUGUGGUGUCAUUUUUGUAAUACAUGUAAAUGCAUAUUUUAUUUAUGAAUAGACAACAGAAUGUGAAUCUGUUAGAUUUUUUAUCAGAUUAAAAUAGCAAGCUUUAAAAAUGUGUAAUGCUGACAUUUCUGUUAAAUCACAACAAGUGUUCUUAAGUGAAAUGAGUGCCAAAAAUAUUACUGACAUAAUUUGUCCUCAGGAGGAUUGUUUUGGCUAAGGUAGCCCACAGUAGGACCAAAGUGAUGAUAGUGUGUCUUUAAAACAUAAUAUGUUAUUAUUGUCGAUUAAGCCUGUUUUGGAAAUGGGUAGACAAUAAAUGCUUGUAUCUUGUAUGAGGAUGUGACGUGGGUGAGAAUGAUGAGGAUGUUGUGUUUCUACCAUAUCAGAGGAGCAGACACCCAACAGGAAAACAAUGAGUCCCACAUUACUUUAAGUGACACUAAAAGCUGAUCUAUUUGCAAUGUUAUUAGAUUGGUAGGUACAGGUUAAUUACAGUGUUUGUACACAUUGGUACGUAGUACGGGCAGUUUGGGCCCAACUGUCAAUUAGAAUUUAUUUGCAAAUCUAAUUGAUAGCCUACAAAGUCCAAACAGCUAUAGUUAGCUGUGCAACAAUGUAAGUACUAUGCAGUAAGUACUAUGCAACAAUGUGUAUCUACACUGUAAUUACACUGUACCUGUCAAUGUAACCACCAUGUAAAUACUAGUAUUUUUUUUCAGCACAAUGGAACCAAUCAAGUUACUGCAUUCAGCCUGUAACCCCAAAAGCAUUACUAUGCUUCCUACAGCAGAUGGAGCCAUUGUAUACCAUGUAAUCUCACAACAUGAUGCGCUGUCUUUUGUAUUCUCUGAGAACACUACAUGUAGUUACCCAUUGUUGUGGUUGUAUUACUGAUGUUACAGUACUGUAAUUCAAGAUUGUAAGAGGAUUUACAUUGAUGACCAUUCCUCAUGCCACAGCAUCAGGGUUAUUAUAAUGUAGUAAAUGAAUGUUUACACUAGUCUUUUUAUCUGCUCCAUUUAGAUAUCAAUAUACUAUUGUACUUCAUACCAUGCCUUAUGAAUAGAUGUAUUCACUGUCACACUGAUCUCUGUUUUAUUUACAUAGAUAUCAAAUUAAGGGGCCACAUCAGUUGAUUGACUACUUGACUGGUUACAAGUAACCUACAGAUAGUUCUAUAUGCACAUUGAGUGCAGUCUAGCCUGCGCAGAUUACAAGAUCAUUAUACUGUAUCAUAUUGAUGGCAUUUCUGAGAAGGUAAACACAUCACCAGGGAUUACAAAUAUCUACAAAUCUGAGCAGGCCUGCACAGAGUAUGUCUGUAAAUCUGGAAUACGCCCUCUGUGUGUGUGCAGGUGCGGUGGUGCAUGGACGCAUGGUCUGUGGGGCAGCUGGCAUCUCUUCCUGUGCCUAGCCCAAUCACUCAGGCAGACAGGAUCUGCUUGGCUGAAACUCUGCACCUCUGCUGCGCAGCCAGUCACAAUCCUGACUCUUGGCUCACUCACAAUUACUGUAGUCAGCUCACAUGGCUAACUGGGUGUGCUCGUUGUUGUCUCCUCCCGCUCCGGCGCUCAACGUCACCGUAUCCACCGGUUCUGGCAACCCAUCUUUACGCACACCUGGCAACCAUCAUUACGCACACCUGCACAGUCACACCUGGACUUCAUCACAACCUUCAUUACUUACCAUUUAUCUAGCACUGUUUUGUCAGUCAUCAGGUAGUAUUGUUUGUGUGAGAUGCUUCUCUUGUUUUGUAUCAUUCCAUGUUCGCUAUCAUUAAACUCACUAACUGCACCUGC